AUGCAUUUGAUGUACACUUUAGAUGCCGAUGGCAAGAGAAUCUACACUUUAAAGAAAAUCACCGAAUCCGGUCAAAUCACCGAUUCAGCCCAUCCCGCUAGAUUUAGUCCUGAUGAUAAAUAUUCAAGACAAAGAGUUACAUUGAAAAAGAGAUUUGGGUUGUUGCCAACGCAGAACUAA